AUGACUCAGGUUGAAGACAGCAUCCCACCGUCUGCCAAACCACUAGCUCCCUAUCUUCGAUCUCGUCAUGACGUCCUCCGCAUUCGCCAGGCUUUGACUCUCCACCUGCAAUCUCACAUUGUCUGGGAUGAUAAUGACGGCAGCGACCAGAGCCAUGUCACCAACCCCGCCUCGCAUCUGUCCCUCGUCGUUCCAAAUCACGCGAAUACCAGUGUCAAACGUAUACCGUCCGAGGUGACUGGUGUGCGAAAGGAAUAUUUAAAAGCAUUGCAGGAGAAUCUUGCUGUGAAAAGUGAAUACAAUGAUCUGUUCGAUCGGAUCACGUCUAGAAAGACUGUCAGCAAGUCACCUGCAGACUCGAAUUCUGUUCCCAGCACUACCCCCAGUCAAGAAGUGUUUAGCCAUUACUUCGAUCUACUUCGUGAACGCCGCCGAUACGAGAGACUACAGCUAUUCGAUAUUCACUUGAAGGAAUGGGCUGCGACGUCUGAACCGCCAACGGAAGACGGUUCAAGACAUCAUCUCCGCCUGGACGGGCUUAUGAUAGAAAGAAACGGGUGGACGAAAGGGUCAAGUGAUAACGUACAAGCAUUGAUAUCGAAAUUGGAGAAGACUGUGGUCCGAGCCAAGGCGAAGCUUGCUAGGGAGCAGCAUUUGCUCAAACAAUUGCAUGAUUUACAGGCAUCAACACGUCCUGCCAGUGAUGCCGUUGGUCGCAAAUUCCUUGCACUGCAGAGAACACGCGAUGAGCUUGUCCAGUGGGUCGAGGAAAAACUAGCCAUCACUAAUACGGAGGAUGAUACCAUGAACCAGCUAGAGUAUGACAAUGGUACAACGAGCGCUGAAACGGUACAGCUGGCGGUUGCUGGAUACAAAACCCGAAUUCAAGAACAAUAUGUUGCAUAUGUCAAGGCGCGUCAGUCCUUGCUCGACGCACUGUCGGGUCUGUCUCAACCGUCGAAAAGUGCAGCGAACAUACCUCCGGCUCAGAAGGCUUCAGAAGUCGCAGGUAAGAACGAAAAUAUAGAGGAAUGGGGAUCAAUUGACGUAUUCCGGAACGUAUCAGAGCACAUUCUACCUGCGUCCAAGUACCAAAAAUCAAUGGCUUUGCAUCGCUCGUACUUGAUCGGCAUGUUGGCGAAAGAGAAAACCAAUCUCAAACAUACGAUGGAUCGACUGAGUCAGGAAAGUCAUCUGCUACCCGAAUAUCCUAUUCUAGCACGCCAGCCGAAAUUCAGACACAUCACGCCUACUGCUUCGACUGGAAUAUCAAAGGAUCACAAGGCAGGAAAACAAGAUGAGAUUGUGGAGCGCGCUCAAGCAUGGGCGUUUGCUGCCGAGGCGGCCAGGUCUAGUGACAGCGAUUAUAUACAACAAAGAAUCGAGCAUGGAGCUGAGAUGGCAGACACGGCUUCUGAGCAGCUGCAACAGAUUUACAAUAUCUUGCAUCAAGAACAGAGCGUUCGUAACGAGGACAAGGGUGAUCCGGCUCAGCAAGAGAGUGAUAUUUGGACGGCCGAAGUCCAGCCUCGCAAGGCUAGAGUGAAGCGGAAUGAAAAGAUAGAGACAACAAAAGGACCGUGGUCUGCACUUGAUGGGCGAGUUGGGAUUGAAUAG